AUGAAAGAUAGCGAUGGAACUUUAUUGAUUUGGGGGUAUAAGUAUUCUACAGUUUUCAGCUUUAUGGUACCAUUUAUGUGUCUUAGUGCUGUUUGCUUUUGGGCCAGAAUAUGGGUUUUGAAAGUCUUGGGUGAAAGAUUAGUUGCUAGAUUAAGAUUGAGAGUCAUGAAGCAUUUAUUAAGACAUGAUGCCAAAUUCUAUGAUAAUGAAAAACAUAAAGUUGGUGACUUGAUAUCUAGAUUAUCAAGUGAUGCGUAUGUUGUUUCAAGAUCGAUUACAAAUAAUUUACCUGAUGGCUUGAAAAAUGUUUUAUUUGGUAUAAUUAGUUCUUACAUGAUGUUUUCUAUAAAUCCUAUGUUAUUUGGUAUUAUGUUAUUAAUUUCUCCACCAAUUACAUUCGGAUCAGUAUGGUAUGGUGAAAAGAUUCGUGCUUUAUCUACAAGAUUGCAGAAUGCAACGGCAGGGCUUACUAAGGUGAGUGAAGAAACUCUUAAUUCAGUUAAAUUGGUUCAGGCGUUUACUGGUGAACAAAAAGAAUUGACUAAAUAUUCUGAUCAACUUAGAAAUGUUAUUAAUGUGGCCAAAAAAGAAGCACUUGCUCAAUCAAACUACCUGGUUUCAAUUUAUAGUUUGUACCAUACUGGUUAUUUGUCAUGUAUUGCUAUAGGUGUCUACUUGAUUAUAAAUGGACAAAUGACAACUGGUGAUGUUGUUGCUUUCACAAUGUACCUGGAGUUAUUCAAUCUGGCGUUAUACAGUUUAACAACGACUUAUAUGGAAUUGAUGAAAGGUUCUGGUGCGGGUAUAAAAUUGUUUGAAUUGAUCGACUAUGAUAACGAUGUUCCUCCUAUAAAAGGAAAUAAGUUGCCUCCAGGAUUAUCCAAUAGUAUUGAAUUCAAGGAUGUUGUUUUCAGCUACUCUAGCAGACCAUAUGAUAAGAUUUUCAACGAAUGUUCGUUUCAUAUACCAGCAUCAUCAACUACAUGCUUUGUUGCACCUUCUGGAUGUGGGAAGUCGACAGUUGCCUCUUUGCUAUUAAGAUCAUAUAACAUUAAUAGUGGUGAGAUUCUUAUUGGGGGCAGAAAUAUCAACGACUUUCAAGUUCGAGACUUAAGAAGAUCCAUAAUCGGAAUUGUACAACAGGAACCAGUAUUAUUAUCAGGAACCAUUUUGGAAAAUAUCGUUUAUGGGCUAACUCCUUCUCAAAUAAGUCAGUUGACAAUGGAAGAUGUUAAAUUUGCUGCUAGACAGGCAAAUUGCCAUGACUUCAUUAUGUCUCUUCCGGAUGGAUAUGACACCAUCAUUGGCUCUCGUGGAGCAUCAUUAUCAGGGGGUCAAAAGCAACGUGUGGCCAUUGCUAGAGCGUUGAUUAAGAAACCAUCAAUUUUGAUAUUAGAUGAAGCGACAUCGGCUUUGGAUUCUAGACUGGAAAGUCUUAUUAACGAAACAUUAAAAGAAUUAACAUCCCAAGGCAAAAUGACUAUCAUUUCCAUUGCUCAUAGACUAUCCACUAUUUCAAAAUCUGAAAACAUUAUUGUUUUAGGUAAACAAGGAAAGGUCGUUGAACAGGGAAGAUUCGUCGAAUUGUAUAGUGAUCCAAAAUCUGAAUUAUCUACGUUACUUGAUAACUCGGGCCUCAAGGAUUCCGACGAAAAUGCGGAGCAAACCGAGGCCGAAGAAGUAGAGAGAGUAUCAGAAGAGAAUAAGGCAAGUGAACUUGAAAUAAUUAGAUCCAUGAUCGAUGAUUUACCAGUUGAGUUGCGUGCUCAACUUGCAGACCAAAUAUCCAAGGAAGUGGACGAAGAUAAGAACGCUGCCUUGUCAGAAUCAAAAAUUUCUUCUGAUAAGAUUGUUUCAUAG